AGUCAUACAGCAAACAGGAUACUGACUGAGUUUGUACUUCUAAGCUCCUGCAGAAAAAGAUUUCGGAUUCUGGGGAAAUAUUUUACAUUAUUAUGAACAGAAGCAGAAUAAAAAGGUUCAUCCUGAGAUUCCUUACAAAGUAAUUUGAUCCUAUCUGCUGCAUUCACAGUUUCUUCAGUGAUGAGACAUUGCUGGGAAGUAUGGAUAAAAAUAUUGCAGAUCAGCUUAAUAAGGCCUAUGAAGCCUUCCGGCAAGCAUGCAUGGAUAGAGACUCGGCUGUGAAAGAGCUCAAGCAAAAGACAGACAGCUAUGAAAAGCAAAUAAGUGAACAAAAGGAAAAAAUCACAUUUCUAACAAACAUCACUGCAAAACUUAAAUCACAGUUGGCUGCCAAUAGAGACCAUCCUUCUGGCACCAAAGUCACUGUACCAGAAGAUAGCGAAACAAGAAGAAAUGGCACUUUACCAAAUUUAGAUUGUGAUCAGCUCCGUGAAAAGUUGAAGCUGGCAAUGCAGAGAGAGAAGCUUUUAAAGGAACAAUUGGAGAGUGAGAGUGUAAAAUUAAAACAAACCGAAGAUGAGAAUAAUUUAAAGGAAAAGAAAUUUGAAGCUAUUAUCACCAUCAAAGAAGAUGAAAUAAGACAUCUGAAAAAGCAGCUAAAAGAAAUAAAUGAAGCACAAAAUUUCAUGCAAGUUCCAAGAUAUGAAAAAGAGGCAAGGAAUGAAAAACCUUCUUCAUCUAGGCAGGAUUUAUCUCCAGGGCCCUUUGGUGCAGCUGUUUAUGAAAGGGAUGAACUGGAGAGUGUUUUCUGGAGCAUGAAGGAAGAAUUUUACCGCAUCCGCACAUUAGCAAAAUCACAGACAGACCAGCUGAGUAAAUUUAACAUACGAAGAGAACCUGCAACUGAAAUUCCAUUCUCCAAGCCGAUCCAGUGCACUGAUGAACAAGCAGAUGAUGUUUGCAGUCCUUGGGUGAAAAGGGGCAUAACCACGGACGUUCCACACUUCACAUCCAUCACAGUGAGAGAAAUUGGUCAAGAUGAAGAGGAAAACUCAGUGGAAUCGCUCUCAAAGCUGAAUGUGAAAUUCCCCCCUACAGAGAACGACACCACUUUCUUAGAGAGUACCACAGAUGCUCCUCCAAUCCCAUGUAUCCCAGGAGCUGAAGCCUUACUUCAGGUGAACAGGGACCUUGCAGACCAGGAUGUGAACUUCAGCGAGAUGAAAUGCAACUUGUUUGAGGAGCUUGGCCCUCACUCUGCCACUCCAGCAGUACAUAAUCCAGCAUCUACCAACAUAACCAAAGCCUCAGCCCAAGCGAAUGCACACGUCCAGACUCCAGUGGACAAAACUUCGUGUUUUAAAGUACCUUUUUUAUACAGCUAUGGAAACACAGCCUUCCCAAAACAAGAUGACGCUGAAAUGAACUUUCCUGCCUUAGAAACAAAUGAGGUAACCCCUGGAUCACCUCAACAGCCACACUGGAAACCAUAUCACUCUGAAGACAGUGACUUAUUGACAUUUGCUUCUGAAAACCCAGAACUCAAUCAGUCUGAAAUAUGUGAAUUCUGUCAGAAAGUUUUCCCACCAUCGCUUACAUCCAAGGAGGAUUUUUUGAGGCAUCUGAAUUCACACUUCAACUGAAGUCUUAGUGUCACUGGAGCACAGAUAAGUUUUAUUUAAAUCGAAACUUUAUAGUUACUGUACUUGGUUUCAGUACAUAUAGUCAUAUCAGAAGGGAAGGCUACAUUUAGAACAGAAUUGAUCCGGAUCCAUAUGGCUCACUUUUGUAUGAUUAAAGCCAAUUUUUAAGGCGUAAAAGGAGACAGUGUGGAAACCUCACUCCCCUCCAUGUGUUCUUUUCAAAAACUUGGUUGCGGUCAAAGAAUCUGGAGCUUGUGGACAUCCUGUAUGAAAAGAAGAACUCUGUGAACUCUUCAUUGAUUCAAAAGUGGAGUUGGUAACUAGAACUAUUGUGCAUCUGACUUUGAACAUUUUUUAUACUUUUGUAGCCUUUGAUUGUAACAUAACAUUAUUAAUUACUUGUGGGGGACCAAGUCCUAUUUAUUUUGGUAUCCAGCUUCAAUAAUGUAUGGAUUGUGAUAUAGGCCACAGAUUAAGCACUUAACUGAAAUCUUGUUCUUUGUGGAGUUCAACGUGUUGAAAUUCAUUUCCCAGUGUUGGAUCAUUUAGAAAUAGUAGGAGAGGAGAAUUCCAGGAGCACAUUCACCAUGGCUGUCACUAACAGAUGACCUGAUACCACAGAUAAAGACAUUUAAGCAUGGGGUGGAUGCAUGGAAUAUGCAUUACCUAUGGCCCACAUAAUUCAGGGGAAUUAUGGACAUAACUUUGUAGUUGGCUGUCUCUAGUUUUAGCAUUAGUGUGUGUGUCUUCAAGUCACAUGUCAACUUAGAGUGAACCAAGGAACAUUCAGAGGUGGUUUUGCCAGUUCCUUUCUUUGAAAUAUAGCAUACAAAUAUGUAGUUUUCACACAUGAACAUAAUCUUGUUUAAAUAAUAUUUCUACCAUAGUAAAACUAGUACUAGGAGUAUGCAUUCCGAAAAACUAAAAUCUAGAUGCUAUUAUUCAAGGCCAGUGUAUAAUAUCUAGAUUGAACUGUGAUGUUAUGUUCACUCUCUAUUAAAUUUGCACAACUCAUAAACAUUUUCUCUUUCCUCUCUUUUACUCUCCUACUUCCCACUCUUGCAAAAAAAAAAAAACAGUUAUCAGGAGAAGCAUAGAGAGUAAGCAUCCUGCCCUGUAAUUUGUGUAUUGCUGUGCAUUUGUGGCAUUUGUCAGGCUAUGCUGAUAAUUGCAAAGAACUGUAUGAUCUGCUGUUCAUCAUUUUAAGUUCAAAAUGCAGGGCAGUCUGUACACAGAGAGUCUGUUUCUGGAUUUCCCUCUCUUGGUCAGAGAGAUCUCCACUGUUCAACAUAUUUAAUAAAUACAUUGCUGAGUAUCAGGAUAGUAGCAUGACUAUGCAAUUAAAAAAACGAAAGUCCGUAGGUCAAUAGCAGAGCUCAUUUUUGCUUGGAGAAGCUUCAGUCCCUGCUAUUUUAAGUCAACAUUGGAGAGCUACUGCCAGUGAGUGUAAACUCACUAAGGUGGGCCAAUGGCCUGAUUCAUUGUGAGACAGUUUAUUGUUCUUAUACCAUCACAGUGGUUCACUAUGGUUUGUUUCCAGCCCCACCCUCCUGUGGAUACUAAAAUCGGUGGAGGCUCAAGUUCCAUUAUAUACAAUGGCAUAGUAAAAUGGCAUCCAUUAUAUAAAAUGGUGAACCACUCAAAUCCAUGAUGUUGACAUCCUGAAGAUCUGUGACAUGGUGGGGAGGUUACAGCAGGAUAUGCCUACACAUCAGCAUAAUGUUCAACAUGCAACAAAAUUAAGAUUUGUUUUUUUUUUUUGGGGGGGGGGGGUCUCCAAAUUUAUCUUUUCAAGUCACAAAUUGAUUGAAUUGUGGGUGCAGAACCUGUGGAUAUGGUUUUUUGCUUGCUCUCCCAACAUGAGGGAAGUUGAUGCAAUGUCAUUUUAAUGUUUUAGUAAGUCUGCUUGCCCUCCUCCCACCUAUAUCUUUACUGGUGCUGAAUCUUCCUUCAGCUUUAACCUGUGCAGAGAAGGAUGGAAACCUGUGCUGAUGACAGCCCCUGUAAUUCAAGAAGGAAAGAAGUGUUUCAGUUUUGGACUACUAAACAAAAAAAGAAGGAUAUAACAACCUCCUGGAAUGUCAGCAAUUGAAGGCCCCCAUCUAGGCAUAGUUGUGGACUACUGGCGAAAGAGCCAUAGCAUAAAAGAGACAACGUGUUUUGCAUCAAGUUCAGUUUCCAACAAGAAACAAGGAAGUCGGUUGCCUGAAACCUUUAGCGUGCUGGCUAGACCUGUCUACAUUACAAGUCCAAUUAAGAUAAGAACAUUCAAUUAGUCUUAAGGAGCAACUGGUGGUCCUGGAUGCAGAUGAUAUACAGUAGAGUCCCACUUAUCCAACAUAAACGGACCAGCAGAACGUUGGAUAAGCCAAAAGGUUGGAUAAUAAGGAAAGAUUAAGGAAAUGCCUAUUAAACAUCAAAUUAUGUUAUGAUUUUACAAAUUAAGCACCAAAACAUCAUGUUUUACAACAAAAAGCAGUUCAAUACAUAGUAAUGUUAUGUAGUAAUUACUGUAUUUACGAAUUUAGAACCAAAACAUUGCAAUGUAUUGAAAACAUUGACUACAAAACACUGACUACUAAAAGGCAGAUUGCGUUGGAUAAUACAGAACGUUUGUAUAAGCGAGACUCUUGUACAUAACAAGAUACAAGCAGCCACUGUGGUAGGUAUGGUAUUAACAUCAUAAGACUACACAAGCAUUUAGCUUUAUUGGAGUUUGGGAGUAUGGUUUUAUAUACACAUAUAUAAAAAUCUUGUAUUUUUUAAAAAACUCCAGCAUAAUUAAGAUACAUUUUCAGUACUGAAAGGUUUUGCAGUCUUCCAGUUUUUCCUGGCACACCAGAUUGUCGUAUUUUGAAGACAAUUUUGCAACAUGGAUAAGCUUGAUGUUUCAUUCUACUGUUUUUAUUUGAGAUACAAUAAUUGUACAGUAAUGAGUUAUAAUUAAUUGUCUCUAUAUGCUGUUAAUUUCUUCACUUUCUCAAAAUGUCUGCUAUUACACGAAAUGCCCAUUUUACAAGUCAUAAAGGGCAGAGGAGGGAUGCCUUGCAUAAUGUUUAACUCAUUUGGCUAUACGCACACACGUCUCUCUACAACUUUGGUUACAACCUCUCAUCUGUCUUUGACAAGCUGUUAACUGCUCUCCACUAAAAUAAAUGGUUCUGUGCAGGGUUUUGUCUCUGGUGUGACCCAGAAUGUGUGUUUUGUUUUUCUGUAAUGAAACCACCAUGCAAAGCUUUUACAAAUGCAUAUAUACCAUUAGAGGGUCUUAGGUUUAUUUCCAAAUUAGAAGUGCUUUGGAAAAAGAAGAACCUGUAUUUCUUAAAAAUAGUCCCUGUGAUCCUGAAAUUCUUAGGUGUGAUGUAUGAUAGCAAUAUAAUAAAUAAAAAUAUGCUUUUUUAAAAAAA